AUGGUAUUUUAUUUGAUUGGUUUGGGACUUGGAGACGUUGAAGACAUCACUGUCAAAGGAUUAAAUAUUGUCAAAAACUGUGCUCGCGUUCAUCUAGAAGCCUACACAAGCAUUUUAUGCUAUGGAUUGGACAAAACAAAUCUCGAAAAGUUCUACGGAAGAGAGAUCAUUGAAGCCGAUCGGACAGUCGUCGAGCAGGAGUCUGAUGCGAUUUUAAAUGGAGCCGAUAAGGAAGACGUAGCUCUACUUGUCGUUGGAGACCCGUUCGGAGCAACUACACAUGCGGAUCUGGUGUUGCGUGCUAAGCAACAGAAUAUUCCGGUCAAAGUGAUUCACAAUGCUUCCAUCAUGAAUGCAGUUGGCUGUUGUGGACUACAACUCUACAAUUUCGGAGAAACAGUUUCAAUUGUAAUGUGGACUGACGAGUGGCAGCCGGAGAGCUAUUACGAUAAAAUCGCGUUGAAUCGUAAACGUGGAAUGCACACUUUAUGCCUGCUGGAUAUCAAAACCAAAGAGCAAACUGUCGAAAAUAUGAUGCGUGGGCGGAAGAUCUUCGAGCCAGCCAGGUAUCAAAAGUGCUCCGAAGCGGCUCGACAACUGCUGACCAUUUAUGAGAGACGAAAAGCCAAGGGAGAAGAGUGUGCCUAUGAUGAGAACACGAUGGUUGUCGGCUUGGCAAGAGUUGGAUGGGACAAUCAGAAGAUCGUAUACGCGAGUAUGAAAGAUAUGAGUGAGAUGGAGAUGGGCGAACCUCUACAUUCACUGAUUAUUCCUGGUGAAACCCAUCCUUUGGAAGUCGACAUGUUGGAAACUUUCAGGCCAUAAUUCCCCAAAAUUGUUCCUUUUUUUGUUCUUAUUCUUGUUCUGUUGUCUGUUGCUAAUUACUUUUUCCACAUUUUUUCAAACUUUUUUUGUUUAGUUUUUCGUUUUUUUUUUUUUUCAUUUUGUUAGUCUCAAAAAAAUUAAUCUUCAUU